ACUCCAUAAAAUUGUUUUUGCCUCCCCCCCCCUCUUGCUCGCUUUUUUUGUUUGUUUGCUCGCUGCAGUUAUGGUUCGCAUCAAGAGACCAAUGAUCCUCCUAUUCUUUUAAUCGAAGAUCUUUCUCACGUUCAGUUAACUCCACAAGGAACACACUCAUUGCCGCACUUAAAUCAGUUUUCCGGUGCGGUUGUUUAAAAGUCAUGUUGGAGUUCAACACGCCAGCGACAACGGCGGCAAGUUCCAUGCUGUCCAUGCUUAACAUCAACAUGGAAGCAUCCCGACAGAACUUUCUGCUGGGAAAUCCGCCUCUGGCGGCUUUACAUUCCAUGGCGGACAUGAAACCCAAUGGGGUAACGCCUUAUCCCAGCAGCCAGGCCCUCAAGCCUUCUCCCUUGACACCGACCUGUUCCUCGGGGACGCCCCACGGUAUAAACGAUAUCCUGGGGCGGCCGGUGGCCACUUCGGCUCCAACGCUGGGAACUCUGAGUGCAUUGCCCAGACUCAGUCUCGGGAUGGGUGCAGGUAUGUACUUCGGGGGCCCGAAGCUGGGUCUUGGGGAUUUGCCUGGACGACCUCAUAUUUACUGGCCUAAUGUCUUGCAGAGUCAAGCACUUUGGAGGGACAGAUUUGCAUCAGCGGCUGCGGUACAGAACGCAGUGGACAAAGAUGGUAAAAAGAAACACACGAGGCCGACAUUCUCUGGUCACCAGAUAUACGUGCUGGAGAAGACUUUCGAACAGACCAAGUACCUGGCAGGUCCAGAGAGAGCGAAACUGGCUUAUGCUCUAGGAAUGUCAGAAAGUCAAGUCAAGGUAUGGUUCCAAAACAGACGAACAAAGUGGCGGAAGAAGCACGCAGCUGAGAUGGCAACGGCGAAGAAAAAACACGAUUCCGAAGCCGAACAGUUACGUCAUGAGGACUGCUCUGAUCACGAUGACCUCGACUGCCGUGACAACAAGCGACUGAAAAGAGAAAAUGAACUUUCUCAUCAUCGGCAACAAGACGAAUCCUCGGAUAGUAUGCCGUCUACUUAGUUCUUUCCGACCGUAGAGUGAAUCUAGUAGGCCAUGGUUCCGAUGGAUUCGCCGCAACACGGCUUGACUCAAUGUUCCUUCAGCAAGCACGCUAUCUCCAUCAAUAUUUAAGGAGUUUGAAGACGGCUAAGAGUUUCGAAUCAAGAGGUGGAAGAGCCUCUCUGAGAAAGGGUAGUUGUCCUGGUGCAGUUCAAGUCAUUAAGAUUAGAAAUAAAUUCCUACACUAUAUAUGUGACUCGAAGAUUGCUCUAUUCACUUCUCAGAUACCAUUUACGAGAUUUUUAAUGAUCAAUAACUGUUUUAAAUAAAGAAAGAAUGGAAUGACAGUAAGUGUCAGGCAAGCAUUUCUAUUCUGCGUGUUUCGUGUGAAAUUAAAAAUGGGGUGGGUAAAGAGAGACAGAAUCAUUAUUUGAUUACUUUUCUUAUGUCUGCCGAUAAUUUGAUGUAUUAAUCACAGAUACAGUAAGAACUGCGAAGGACUUUCCGAUACCUUGUUAAUCUUGAUGGGUAAAAUUUUAAAUGCCUUGUGUGUUUUAGGUCCUCGCAAAAAACUUCCUCAAAAAUAUUGUUCGUGAUAUAAUUGUUAUAAGGUUUUGAUUGAAGAAAUGCACUGCGUGAAAAUAAAAGGCAUUUUAAAAAUUGUUGCAAAAUAAUAAAUGUUUUAAUUUAAUUUUACCAAAGUAAGAUCCCUUCAAUAAUUUAUUAUUGAUUAAAAUAAAAGCGCCUUAAACUUCUAUCUAAAAUUGUAAAUAGCAUACAUAUUUUAACUGAAUUCUCUUGUUAGUCCAAAAGGCCGUAAGACCAAAAGGGUUAUUUGUCUCGAAACGACAUUUUGCGUCGAAACACUAAAAGAGUUGAUGCCACUAAAUCUUAUCACCCUGUAUUAUAUUUAAAGAAAUUAAAUAAUGAAGAACCUGCAUGAAUGUAUGUAUAUUUCUAGCAUUGUGAAAAAACAGUAUCUAAAGCCAUUAAA